GUUGCUGUGUGGUCCAAACCUGUGUUCUCAUCACCUUCAAUUCGACCUUUGUCUAUCUCUCUAGCUAGCUCCAGCGUCCAGCCAUGGCAGCCGGGCAAAGCUCGACCCCAUGGUUCUUCAACUUCCUGAAAGAAGGCCUGCUCCUCCCUAGCCACAACCGGAGGCUCUUCGGAGCUGUCCUCACAAUUAUCGCCGUCUCCACCUGUCUCCUCCUCGUCGGCAACGACCUCGCCGUCCAGCCCCUCACAGACGAGCUUGACAUCGACACAAAGGCGCUCAACAGCACCGAUCCCAGUACCCCAGAAGACAUUAUUCAACUCAUCCAAAAGACCAAAGAUGACGCCCGAGCUCUCGUGCUCACCAGCGCAGCCUAUCUUGUGCUUUCCGAAAUCAUCAGAUCAGCCAUCCAGAUCGUCGUCCUCUUCGCCGCCGUCGCGACAUACUCCGGUGAGCUGCACACCUUUGGGUCGCUCCUUGGCAAAGUCAAGGCGCAGCUGAAGGGCCCCGUACUUACGGUCGCCUUCGUCUACGCACUGAAGAUCGUCUACUUCGUGCUUCUUGCUGCCAUGAUUGGGCUAGUCUUGUUCCUCAUGAUCAAGAAAUUCCUGGGGUUGUUCUUGGCGUCGCUGCUCCUCCUGGUCCCCUCCAUCGUCUUCCUCGUGUACUUCUCCUUCGUCUGCUCCAUGAGCGUCGUCGUGGCGGUGGCCGAACCCGGUUGCCAUGGCGCUGGAGCUCUUGGGCGGGCGUGGCGGCUGUUGAAGGGGAAGCGCAGACGGGUCAUGCUUUUGAUUUCUGUCACUGGCGUGCUCGCCGCUGCCUUGACCCCUGUCUACACUCUGGCCAAGAGAUGGGAACUUACUAACAUGGCAGCAGGGUUGCUCCUGAGGUUUCUGCACAGCCUGUUAAUGGCCGCCGUGCAGUUGUUUGCUUUUUGCGCCAUGGCCGCGUUAUACUACGAGUGCAAGGGGAGCACGGAGGGAUCGGCGGCGAAGUACGUCAAGGUUUCUACCAAGGAGCAACUUGAUGCUUGAUUCUUAGCUACUCUAUUCUGUCGUCAAUCUGAUGUGCACUGUUAAUAUCCAUGUUACUUAGACUAGGUAGAAGUCAAGGGCUUGCUUUCCACCAUAUGUAAUACUCCCUCUUUUCUCCCUUUCAUUUCAUUUUUCGUGGAUGUGAUAUAAGAAAAAGGCACAAGUGCAAUUUCAUUAA